AUGUCAAAGAAGAUGAAGUUAUCUCCAGAUGCAGUGGUGGGAGCUGCUGAUACAAUCAUGAAACCUAACAAUGCAACUGUAAUAAAAAAAGAGAUUAAAACUGAGCAGGAGGAGUUACAAGGAAAGUUGAUGAAUCCAAUAUCAGGAGAGAAAUCAUUCAAGUGCACUGAUUGCUCCUUACCUUUCUCUAACAAAUCUAGUCUGAUCAAUCACCAGCGUAUUCACACUGGAGAAAAACCGUUCAAGUGUAGUGAAUGUUCCUCAUCUUUCACUCAGAAAUCUACUCUCAGAUCACAUCAGCGUAUUCACACUGGAGAGAAACCGUUCAAGUGUAGUGAAUGUUCCUCAUCUUUCACUCAGAAAUCUAAUCUCAGAGCACAUCAGCGUAUUCACUCUGGAGAGAAACCUCACAAGUGUAGUGAAUGUUCCUCAUCUUUCUCUCGGAAAUCUACUCUCAGAGCACACCAGCGUAUUCACACUGGAGAGAAACCUUUUAAGUGUAGUGAAUGUUCCUCAUCUUUCUCUGAUAAAUCUACUCUCAGAAAACACCAGCUUAUCCACACAGGAGAGAAACCUCACAAGUAUAAUGAAUGCUCCGCAUCUUUCAGACACAAAUCUAGUCUGAAUAGUCACCAGCGUAUUCACACUGGAGAGAAACCUCACAAGUGUAAUGAAUGUUCCUUAUCUUUCACUCAGAAAUCUCAUCUCAGAGCACACCAGCAUGUACACAAUGGAGAGAAACCUGUCAAGUCAAAGGAGUGAUCAUAAUAUGCUUGUUCUGACAGAAGUAACCUUUUCAAACACCAACGUAUUCACAGAUCAUAUUAAAAACUUUACCGACGAAAGCAGUAUUUUCAAAUUUAUAUCGGGGAUAUUCCGUUUGUUUAAACUUUUCAGUUGUCAACUGUUCAAGAGAGCAAGAGGACUCAUAACUAACAGACUCUUUGAGGUCUCAGUGUAGUUGUUAAAUAAUGAGCAUGUUCUUUUGACAAUAUCAGGGAAUUACUUUCAAUUUUCAUUGUUACUGUACUU